GACUGAUAAGACGACACCAUUUAUAAAUGUUAUCUUUACUACAUGUAUUAUAGAAUUAUAAUAAUGCGUUAUACAUGUGUUUAUGUUAAAUCACAAUGUCUACGAUUGUGAACCUACCGAAGACACUGUUGUUGUUGCUUAUUUUAGAAAUAUCAGGUUCGUCUUCUCAGUUUCUUAAUUGUAAUUGGGUCAAUCAAUUGGAUUGUGAUGGAUUUACUCCCAGUGUGGUGUGUGGCACCGAUGGCAUCACCUAUGCUAACCGAUGCUUACUAGCAAAAGCACAAUGUCUCGACAAAAUAUUGCGUACGAGAGAUGAUGGACCUUGUAAAAAUUCUGAAGUGGCUGUGACAAAAACGGCAACAACAUCUAGAUACACAACGAGCACUACGCGUCCUACAACAUCUUUCCUUCCACUUACAACACGCCCUACUACAACUGUACGUCCAUCUACAACACGCCCUACUACAACUGUACGUUCAUCUACAACACGCCCAACUACAACAUCAACUACACCAGCAAAGCCUACUAGUGAUCCCUUAAGCGUGAUUUGUGACACGAUGACAGGAGUCCAUUGUGUUAACGAUAUAGAACCUAUUUGUGGUUCAAAUGGGAGGACAUAUAUCAAUGCAUGCGAGUUUCACAUUGAAGUAUGCAAACAACAUGACCUGACAAUCAAACACACUGGCUUCUGUUAAAUAGAUAUUUGAGAUGUAUAGAAACCUGAAAAUACAUUAAAACAAUUCUACUUUGA